AUGGAAUUGAUGUUAAAUGUAAAAAUUAGAAAAAUUAUUUUUUAUUUAAAAAUAAUAUUUUUUAAAGAUAUAGAAGGUGGAAAAAUAAAAUUUAAUAAAGAGUGUUCUUUGGGUAAAAAAGGUGAAGAAAGAAAUAUUUUAGAAUUAAUAAAAGAAUUAAAUAAAAAUAACAAAAGAUGGCUGAUGCCUAAUGAAGAACAAGGAGAUAAUCAUUAUUUAAAAUUAAAUAUAGAUGGGCAUGCAAUGGCUAUUUUAAUUAAUAAUUUUGGUGAAGAAAAAGGAAGAUGUAAUCUUUUUAGAUUAUAUUUUUUGUAA